AUGGACUUGAUCUCAAUUUUUGCAAAUCAUCACAGCACAGGACACCUGUCUGAGAUAUAUGAAAAUGCUAGAUUGCUUGCUUCUAAAUCAAGUUUAAUGGGUUUCCUUAUUCUUCUUGGUAUAGGAGGGAUGAUGUCUCUGGCUGUGAGAUCAAAAACUGUCAACACAGUCAGGUGUGAAGUAAUUGAUGGUGGAGAAUUAAAAUCAAGGCGCCAUUUGAAUGCUUUUGAAUCAGCUCCAGCCAAUUUUCCCGAAUCUGUGCAGGUUAGGUAUCCAGACCGUAUAACUCUCAUCCGAGGAAAUCAUGAGAGCCGGCAGAUCACACAGGUUUAUGGAUUCUAUGAUGAGUGUCUCCGCAAAUAUGGGUCAGUAAAUGUAUGGAGAUAUUGCACAGAAAUAUUUGACUUCUUAAGUCUAUCAGCACUCAUCGAGAACAAAAUUUUUAGUGUCCAUGGGGGGCUAUCUCCUGCCAUUUCGACAUUAGAUCAGAUUAGAACAAUAGACCGGAAGCAGGAAGUGCCUCAUGAUGGGGCUAUGUGUGAUCUUCUGUGGUCAGAUCCAGAAGAUGUUGUUGAUGGUUGGGGUUUGAGUCCUCGGGGUGCUGGCUUCCUGUUUGGUGGAAAUGUGGUUACAUCCUUUAACCACACAAACAAUAUUGAUUACAUAUGUCGGGCAGCAAAUGAAAAG